CAGAACCGGCGUAAACCAUCAACAAUAUGUUCGCAGGCUCGGGCCGUGUACUAGGAAACAUGAGCAGGGUGAGAUAUUCAGAGUCCCGGGCGGUGCAGCGCAGGCCGCUGGAUAAAGCGGAGGAGGAGACGGCGGUCCGUGUGGUUUGAGCUCAGGAUCUCAGGACGGGAACAUGUGAGCAGGGAAUGGGCGACUGGAAACAGGAUUAUUGUUAUACACAACAGAGAGACGCAGGAGGGGCCCGGGACAGGAGAGACACGGGGACACUGUGACAAAUCCGAGGAGAUUUUUUUUUUUUUUCCUUUUUAAAUUUUGCGCAUCAGAGAAAUCGGAGGAAUAUCUGGCCAAAGAUGAACACCAUCGUGUUUAACAAGCUGAGCAGCCAGGUCCUGUUUGAGGAGAAGGCGAAGGAGGUGGAAAUGAGCAGCAGAAAUUAUCUAGAAGUCAUCGACGGGCAACAUCCAGACCUCCUCUCCAGCAACCAGACCAUCAGAGACAACCAGGCCAUCAGACACAGACGGAGCGGGGGUCGUCCCAGCGGUGGCAAAGUGCGACACAAGCGUCAGGCCCUGCAGGACAUGGCGCGGCCACUUAAGCAGUGGCUCUACAAGCACCGAGACAACCCCUACCCCACCAAGACAGAGAAAAUCCUGCUGGCCCUCGGCUCACAAAUGACCCUGGUCCAGGUCUCCAACUGGUUUGCUAAUGCCAGGAGGCGACUGAAGAACACAGUGAGGCAGCCAGACCUGAGCUGGGCACUCAGGAUCAAACUCUACAACAAAUAUGUUCAGGGCAACGCAGAGAGGCUCAGCGUCAGCAGUGAUGACAGCUGCUCAGAAGAUGGUGACAACCCUCAGAGGACACAGAGCGGCCCCGAGGAGCUUACCAAGCCCAUGUACCAGAGUGUCAUCAAGAAAGAGGGCUCCUCCAUGGUGGGCAUGGCCAUGGGUAUGGGUAUGGGUGCGGGACUGCGCUCAGCCGCCGAAGCUGCCUCACUGGCUGAGGACUACGUGUCUCCGCCCAAGUACAAGAGCAGCCUGUUGCACCGCUACCUGAAUGACUCGCUGCGCCACGUCAUGGUGGCCAACGCCGUCAUGGACGCUCGCAAGAGGAACCACUCCGGCUCCUUCAGCUCCAACGAGUACGACGACGAGCUGCUCUCGCCAUCCUCCUCAGAGGCCGAGGCGAACUUUGUUUAUCGGGCUGAAACCACAGACCACAGAUUGAGUAAAUGUGACAAUGGCAGCGGUGGCGUCGGAGCUGCGCAGAAGGUGAAGGGAAAAGACGAGACGUACUGGAAGGAGAUCAACGCCGCCAUGGCCUUGACCAACUUGGCGCAGGGGAAGGACAGCGCCUCCGGGACCACCAGCUGCAUCAUCCAGAAAUCCUCCCAUAUAGCAGAGAUCAAGACUGUUAAAGUGCCGCUGGUGCAGAAAUAUUAGCCCUGACGUCAUCCUCCCGUCUCUCUAUGCAAACCAGCAAACAUUCCUGUUUCAGCAAACUCGCCAGAGUCCAAAUAAACUUCCCCUGACAUGAAAAGAGAACUGUUGUUUAAGGAAGGGGGUGUCUGAGGCGAGGAAGUGUGGAACAAAAAGAGAACUCUCAUUCUUUUUGGUUGUUAUUGGUGUCUAAAAAAGUGCAAAAGAGGCCUUGACUAUCUUUUUCUUUGCUGGGUUAAUGAGCGACAGACAAGUGUUGGUGAUAGUUUCACUGCAGUAUUUCCUAAAACAAGACACUUUUGUAAUGUUAACUUAUUUUUGGAUGAGUCAGAUUUUUUUUUAUUUCUUCUUUUUUACUCUACAAAAUGUGUAUUUUGCCAAAGUGCCUUUGUUAUUUAGACAAAUAACUCGCCGACUGUGGUCAAUGCAAAGUACAGAUACUGAGGAGAUUUAUUUUGUGAAUGGAAACGCACCAUAACAGCUUGUGCCUUAAGAACUGAAUGAGCUCACCAUCUGAGGCACUGAUGAACUCAAACAGCACACACACACACACACACACACACACACACACACACACACACACAGACACACACUCUCUCUCUGAAAUUGCCCAACAUUAAUUCUCUGAAGGCGUUGUUCUUGUUUUGACUGGAGUCUUCAUUUUGACUGUAAACUGAACACUGUUUUGUCUCACUCAGCCUCUUGUUUCUGGCAGCCCAGUAAUAACUGUUGGAUACACAGAUAAGUUCCUCUAACGUGAGCAGCAGAUCGAUAAGCAGCCAAUGUUCUCCACCUUGUCCACAUCUCAGCCUUGGAUUUCAUUAACCAGCGAAGGAUUCCUUUCUUAUCGUGGCUCUUAGUUGCUGAAACGUGCACAAAUGCCCAGCUGGACCCAAAUGAAGUCACCUUUCAUCCACACAGUGACACAGUUGUACGCAGAUCCACAGGAAUGCUUUAAGGGUUCAGUACAGUAUUUGUUCUAACAGAAGAAUGCCAUGACCUAAAAGGGAUGUUUUUGCUUUGCAGUAUCAGUGUUUUUUUGUGGACAGUGUUGCCUUUUCACAUGUUUGUGCUCAGAACACGAUAGUCCGGAGUGAAUAGAAAAAAGCACCAGCUCCCCCAGCCUUUUGAUCCUCAGCCCUCUCAGCUGUUUAGCAUUACAUUCAAAUUGCUGUUUACAAGAAGCCAGAGGAUAGACUUAAAAGGUCGACUUUCUCCCCCUCGCUUUUUCUGUUUGUCUUCAGAAAUACAUUUCAGUAUUAUCUCUUUGUCGCCCAAGCAAGUGUUCAAAGUAUUUGUUAUUGUCAGUCUGUAUAUGUGUGGUCAUUUUGUUUUUGAUCAGAACUUUGUACUUGGUUUUACUUAACCGUACCGCAUUAAGAGCUUCUUUUGUCAUCCAAUGGAAAGAAUCUUUUUCUUUUUUUUUUUUUCUUAUAGAAAGUACUUAUGUACGGUGCAUAUGGUAUAAACAUUUGCUGGCGAGGGAUGCCAAGUUCACAAACUGGUGGGCUUAUGGGAGAAACUGAAGUUGGCUCUCUGUGCUGACUUUUUAAUUUUAUGUAUAUCUUCAAGGUACUGUUUAUGUGUGUCAAAAUGUACACUCCUUCAUGAAUUGUGCAGUUUUUAUUUUUUUGACAACCCAGACUGUGCUUAUGGUCAAGGACUUUUGGGAGGAGUGGAGCUGCACAAAGUGACUUUUUGACCUUUUUAUGUCUUGAAUGUGCAAACUGUUUCAAAAAGCUGCACUUACAGUUCUUGGUUUUCAAUCAGAAAACACACAGCCUCCAUUGAAAGCUUAUGGAUGGAUGUGAUUUUACAUAAAAGUGAUGAGAAGUAAAAGAAAUGAAGGACAACCGUAUAUUAUUCCUGUUAGCGUGCCUAUGGAAGCAUAAUGAAAUGAAUCGCACUAGCCAAUCCCCAGGCAUUAUUUGCUUAUGCAGUGGGGGUUGUGGGCUCCCACAUGUGUUUUUUAUACACCUGAUCCAGGCAGGGUAGCUGCGGGGUAGUGCCGGGCCCGCUCCUUGUGUUUCUAAUCGCACCUCUGAACCUCUGGACCACUCGCGACCCUCACACCUCACACGAUACCCGCUCGCUGGGAAGAGACAGAGCGAGAGGAGGAGGCUUCAGAGACAACAGAGCAGCCUUUGUUGUUCCUACCUGCAGUCGCUCCCCAAGAAAGACACUAUGAGUACUAACAAAGGGGUUUCUACAGCCAAGACUUUGGUACUGUACAUGCAUUUCUCCAGCACAAACCCUGCUUUCACAACCAUGCUGACAAAUGGAAAGCAACGGUGUGUAAUAAAGCCUAUAAAUUAUUAUUACAGACUUUGUAAAAACAAAGAAAGUGGUGACCAUAGUUUUGUUUUUUUAUUGUUAAGUUAUAUAAAUUCAGAUUUUUUUUCAUUUGUUUUGAUAGAGACUGGAUUUCCAAUCCAAUGACCAAAUGCAUAUCUCCUUGUAUUGUCCAAUUUGCUCUUAUGUAAAGUUUCUUUUAUAAAAACAGUUGUUACUUGGUCAAAGCAAUGAAUAAACCUCUAAAUGAAAUGAAA